AUGGCGUCCCUUGAGACUCUGCCGGCCCCAUUGCCUCUGCAAAUAACGAAACAUCUUGCAGACCUAAUAUCGCUCCACGCUCUCUGCCUCAGCUGCCCUCUCUUUGCUACAGUCUUUGCCAACCACGCCGCCGAGAUUUUCGAGCAUCUUAUGAACAAAUGCCUUGCCGAAGAAGUUAUUGUCGAGCUUCGUGCAUACAUACUUCUUCGCACACAGGAUCGGGCGAUACAGGACCUCGAAGGUCUGUACUCUGCCGCGCAGAAGCCGUUGGUUCGAACUACCCCUGCUCCAGCUAUUCGACACACACUGCAUGUCUUCGCUAUGCUAUCCACUACGUGUAACUCAAUCUUCGAUACAAAGCUACGAAGACUGUACGCUCUACCGCACCAACACUUUGCAGACAAAAGCAGUAACAGAUUUCCCGGUAAUUAUGAGGACAACAUUCAUCUACAGCCCGGACGCCUUUUCAAGCCCCCACUACUCCCAUCAUCGCCAGACUGGGACGAACAACAGCGUCUUCUCCGUGCAACCUGGCGAUUAAAGGUAUGGACCGCCCUUGGACAUUCUGAUGGCUCUCUAGCAGACACUGUACCUACGAUAGACAGCAUUCCUUCGGCCGAGUUUGCGGGCGUGGCCAGGGUUGGAGGCGGAGUCAACGAAGGUUCUAUGGAUGAACUUCUAGAGCUCGCUUCCAGCCUGGAAGAAAUCGGGACAUGCGAUCGAAUAGCAUGGGAACCACUUGCCACAAAGCCAAUUUUGCAACCCGAGGCGCGACAGAUGGCGCGCGAAGUUCGCGGCUCGUAUGGCUAUGCAUUCUUCAAUCGUGCCUGUCAGGGGCUGCAGUAUUCUCCUCUCAUGGGUGCCGAUUGGGCGGUCAUGCGGCGCCUUGGUUUUGGGAUCUGGUCUACUCGCCGUCUACGAAUAAUGGGGUACAAGUCCAAAGACCGUCAACAACUAGGACAGCGGGAACCCAUAAUUCAGGAGGGAGAAGAACUGGGGAAACGAGACGCUAUGUUCACUUGGAACUGUCUCUAUCGUACGGCUGUUGGGGAGAGUCUUCGGAGAUCUGGUGCAGAUAUGUCGAGAUAUAGGGAUGACGCAGAAUAA